AUGCGCGUGAGAAACAUAGUAUCAUACGCAAUUUGUCGGCGAUUCCGUUGUGCGAGUCUGCGAUCACCGCAAAAUUUCGAGCAGCUCACAAUCCAACGUGUAAUUCCUAUUUUCAUUGUUUUCCUUCUUUUUUUUUCAUAUUCGCUUUUUUAUUAUAAAAAUGAAUUGUCACUAAGUAGUACUGCAAACGAGCCGACAAUACUGGCCAAGACGGAUUGUGUCUGUUCGUCUGUGCUCUCGCUCCUCAAGUCCCUGCCCCCAUUGAUUGGUAAACGUGUACAUGGCAAACGAGGCCGCGCGAGGGCUCUCCAUUUUUUUUUUUAAACUCUCGUCAAAAUUUCGUCUGUGUAGUUUUUGAAAGAAUAUAGUUAUUUUUUACAUCUCGUGAAUUUUAAAUUUUCCCACUUUUUUUUCGCAGAUUUUUGGAGUUGUUCUACGAUUUACUUUAAACUGUCCAAAAUCUUUGCUGUCGUGUUCAGAGAAGUACAAACGACUUACAUGAAAGUGCGAUCGGAUAUAAUUGAAAAUUUUUGCGCUUCAAAACGCUUCAGCGAAAGCAUUUGAACAGAAAAUGCGAGAACUUGAAUUUAGCUACGUAUUCAGCCUGAGUUGGAAAUCAAAAUUGCAGGUAAAAUGAAGCUCCUUGUCCUAUUGGCAACAUUAUUGGGCGCUGCUUUCUGUGCUCAAGCCUCUGAGGAAAUAACCAUCGCGAAUUUCAAGGCCGGAAUUUUAGCCAAAGAGCAGACGCCAAAUGAUGAAGCCCUUAAGAGGUUUUUUUUUGUUAAUUCAUUGUUUUCUAUCAUAUUUUUUGUCCAGUAUCGUUGUCUUCUCGAAAUCCUCUCACGUGCUCCAAGGAGACGCCAGUGGCCGAUUGUACGUUUCUUUCAACGUUCAGAAGAAGGCCGGUGGCGCCGCUGUCCAGCCAGAGCAGGUGAAAAGAUAUUUUAUUCAUUAUUAUUCUGUUAUUUUAGGCGUUCAUCACAUUGGAACACGUGGAAACCGGCAAGGACGCCGUUUUUAUCGCCGAAAAGACGGGAGACAAGCUUGUCUUGGAUCUGGUAGCAUUUAUUCCACGUAGCUUGAUCAGAUAUCAAGUCUUCAGGCUUUGAAAUCGUCACUGAAAAAGCUGAACCUCGACGGAAAGUUCAAAUUGAGCCUGAUUGUCGGCGGUUCGACGAUCAAGACGCCCGUCAACUGGCACUUUGUGAGAAAACGAUUGUCUUUCUUGGUAAUUUUGAACGGUUUCAGGCUGAUGCGACGCUGGAACUGCCGACGUCGCCAGUGAUCAUUCCGAAGUCGCAGGAGAUCCUUUACGACGCCCUGCCGGAGAUCAAACACAUGUUCCGGCAGCCGGAGAAGCGUCCGAGUGCCGUCAUCUCUGACGCCUUCACUCUCCUGUGUCUCGCCCCUCUCGGAUUCCUUCUUCUGGCGGUAAGAAACAGUUCAGAAACUCAUUCAUCUUAUUUCUUCCAGUGGCUCAAGAUCGGCAUCAACUUCAACAACGCGCCUCUUUCCAUCUGGACCCCCCUUUUCCACAUUGGCCUCGCAGGUUCGUUCUUUCUCAUUUCUUAGAAGCAAUUUAUUAAAAACUUUCCAAAAUUUCAAAAACUAUUUUCUUUUGGUGAACUGAUUUUUCGGUAGAAAAUCUUUGAAUGGCUUAACAUUUCUCAUUGUAUUUUCAACUCUUGGCAUUCUUCUUUUUAAAAAAAUUGAAAAAAACGGCAUUUCAAAUCGAAAAAAAAAUUUUUGCUUAAAAAAAAUUGACUGAAACUGGUAGUUUACAAAACUCUUUAUUAAUUUUGGCAUUUUUCCAGGAAUUUUCGCCCUUUACUUUGUCUUCUGGCUGCAACUCAACAUGUUCGAGACGCUCAAAUACCUCGCGAUUCUGGGAUUUGUCACGUUUUUGGCCGGAAAUCGCGUUCUCCGAGCAAUCGCCGACCAGCGGAAGUAUGCUUCUUAUAUUUUUCCAAAACUUAUUUUUUUUUUCUCUGCAGGAGCAAAGCCGAAUAG